GAAGUCUGAGACUUUUCCCUGAGAAAUAAUCCCUAUUUUCUCUCUGUGUGUCUCUCUAUCUCUGAGGUUAGAGCCAGGUGGAGAGUUAGCGUAGCAAUGACUCCAACCCCACGAAUCCGAUAAAACGCCUUCUCCGUCUAUCUCUCUCUCUCUACUGUCGCGUACACGAAGAAAGAAAUGGAGAUGAGAAUGGUCCUCCUGUCUCGCCCUUCAACUCUCUUUCUCUAAGUCUCUGCCCUCGAUUUCUUCGCCUUUGCAUUUUCUUCAAUACCCUAAUCUCCCUCUAUCCAAAUUUCUUAUCUUCGUUGGCCGAUCCCCAAUUCUGAACUGUAAUUUCAGUGCUCAAUCCUAAAUAUUCUACUGCCAUUGGAGUAAUUUCUCUCAUCAAGGAAAAGGGGAAAACGUCGAGCAAAGUGUCCAGAAUUUCUAUUAAAUACACAGGAAGAAGACGUCACUCACCAAUCACUCUCCCAAGGUAACUGGGAACUGAUAGAUUGGAAAUGGUGAACGGUAGCAGAGGACGGCGCAGAAUUUCUUCUCGGCAAUCCAGGGUAACUCCAUACCCACUGCCUACUUACAACUUGGAUAUUUCGGUGGACUUGUGUCCCAAGAAAUGCUCCAAGGCUUUGGAUAAAAAAGACUGGGAAGAUGUGACAUGUUCUGUGUGUAUGGAGUGCCCUCACAAUGCUGUUCUUCUCCUCUGUUCCUCUCAUGACAAGGGUUGCCGUCCAUACAUGUGUGGAACUAGCUUUCGGUACUCCAACUGCCUUGACCAGUACAAAAAAGCAUAUACCAAAACAAUCUCAUCAAAUGAUGGACAACAUAUGCAUGGCUCCAUCAAUAAUCCCAUUGUGUUACCGGAUUCCAGUUCGCCCGUCGAGAGGUGUGAAGCCACCGAGCUUGCCUGCCCCCUUUGCAGGGGCCAGGUUAAAGGUUGGACUGUGGUCGAACCUGCAAGAGAAUUUCUAAAUGAGAAAAAGAGAAGCUGCAUGCAGGAUAAUUGCUCAUUUGUUGGAAAUUACAAGGAGCUGCGGAAACAUGUUAGGGUGGAGCACCCCUCUGCACAGCCACGCGAAGUGGAUCCCAUACUUGAACAGAAAUGGAGAAGGCUUGAGCGGGAGAGGGAGCGGGAUGAUGUGAUCAGCACAAUAAGGUCAACAAUGCCGGGGGCAAUGGUUUUUGGAGAUUAUGUUAUAGAAAGUAAUCGUCAUGGUUUUGAUACAGAUGAAGAGGAUGGGGGCUUCGAUGUAAACGCUGCAGAGAGGAAUAGGGGUCUUGAGGUUGGCUUUGAUAGUAAUCUGGUGAAUGUAUUUCUUCUGUUGCAUGCGUUUGGACCAUCAGGGAACGACCUUAGUAGACGGCUGAGGCAUCCUGAGAGAACCUUUCAUCAUGGAUCAGAUCAGAAUGCUGCUAGCCUUCACCAGAAUCACCACCCCUCUCCUGUUGGUGGAUUGGAUUCUUCCGAUCGAGACGACAACAAUAACAUCAAUGAUGAUGGCGGUGGCGAUGAUGGUGGCGUAUCACUGGUUAGUCGCUUCCGUCGACAUGGCAGAGUAUUAUUGGGACGAUCAGGUAGGAGACGCAGACGUAGAGAAGCCAUUAGGGAUCUGUGAUAGAUCAAAAUGGUACUAGAGAAAGGAGGGAGGAAUAGGAAAAGUUUCUCAGGUAUAUAGUUUCAGUAGGGAAAAGAAAUUAGAAAAUAACGUAAAGGAUUUGACACCACACAUUCGCAUGGAUUACUCAUUUGUUUUAUUGCAUGACUUGUGCGGUAGAAUAGCCAGGUUGAUGAUGAGAGGUGGAAAGAUGGUUUUUCUUCCCCUCUUAUGUAUUCUUUUAAAUUUAAUUUCCUAAUUACCUUUAAUCCUCCUGUUGUUUUCAAUUAAGCGUAUAUUACUGCAGAAUUUGUCUAUGUAAACAUGAAAUUUGCUUUCUUCUCCAUCUGGCAUUGUUCAGAGGAUGUCAUAUAAUGAAUCCAAUUGUGACUUGAAAAGCUUA